ACACACACACACACACACAUAUAUUUUUUUUUAAUGCAGUUUAAUUACCAGACAAUGUUUUUUCACUGAAGCUCCUGUGUGUACGUUGUGUACGUCAGGACAUGAAUUCAGUAACACACAUCUCUCUACCCAGACAAUCUUUUAUUCAUUUUAUGCUAUGACUUCAGACUGAGAGGACAUGAAUUAACUGUCAACAUCUGCAGAGUGGAGAUACUUAAAAUCCCUUCUGCUCACCUUUCUCAGCAGGGCUGAGUAUCACCUCCCUCAGUCUGCCUGGCAAUGCUCUUCCUAACUUGCCCCAGAAUACUGCUGGCCUGUUUUGCUGUGCAUUGUUGGCUAUUGGUCAGCUUGGUGUACACCAGGAAGGGCCCCAAGGUGCUUCUCAGUAAAGCUGGUUUCCAGACACUCAGCCCUCAGUGUGCAUGGGUGCCUGGAUUGUUCUUCCGCAGGGACAGGACUGUGCAUGCAUCUGUGUGAAAUUCCAGUGUGUGGAACUUCAUGACAUUCUCGGCUGCCCACUUCACCUGUUUAGAUCCCUCUGACCAGCACUACACCCAUAUCAGCCACUCCUCCCAGCUUUGUGUCAUCUGCAAGCUUUCUGAGGGUGAUCUCUGACCCAUCAUCCAGGUCAUUGGUGAAAAGGUUAAACUAUAUUGCCCUCAUAUCCAUGGUUGUUGUAUUCCACUACUGGCUAGCCUCCAAUUGGAUUUCAGGCCACUGACCACACAGGGAGCCCCAAGCCUGCUUAUGUAACCAUGUCAGCUUAUCUGUGAGGAUUUAAUGGAAAACUCUGGCAAACACCUUGCUUAUGCUGAGGUAAACAACAUCCACUCUUCUCUCCUUGUAUGUUAUUAGUUGCCUCAUUGUAGAUGGCUAUCACAUUGGUUAAGCAUAAUUUCUGCUUCAUAAGUCGGUGCUUCUUGCUCAUGAUCAACUUUACAUCCUUCAUGUGUCUGGAGAUUGUCCCCCCCCCCCUUAGCUGCUUCACAGCUUUCUCAGGGAUUGAGGUGAGGCUGACCAGUCUGUCAUUGGACUGAUCACUCUUCUUGCUCUCCUGAAGGGACACAUUCUAGCUUUCAGUAUUCAGAAGCCUCUCCCUUACCACCAUAAAAUAAAAAAGUCAGCUAUCUCUCUACACAUGUGGGUGCAUCUCAACAAGCUCCAUAUACAUGUAUGCAGUUUGUUAAAAGUUCCAUUACCUAGUCCCCCUUCAGGAGGGUGCCACUGAGGCAUUAGGAUACCAGGUUUGACAAUUACUGUCACUUCCACAUCUCACUUCAAUGGCACACUGUAUGAAAAGAAGCAUUUCAAUUUCAAAGCCUUCAAUCAAAGCAUCUGUUGCUGCCAUGUUAUUUUUGCUUGAGAACGAGCACAGGAAUUACUGCUGUUGUUCCAGCUCAUGAUGGCAUGACAGUACUCCAGCCUUGUUCCCAUAUAUACAGGGAUAGCAUCAUAUCUCCAACCAAACUGUAUUUUUCCUGCAAGCAAAGCUAAUCCUCUUGUUGGUCUUCCUGUUUCAUCUUGCCUUCAUUACUUUUCAUGAUGAUUUUCAAAACCUUGUUUUUCUUUCAAAAUAUGUUUAUUUUUUAAUUUCUCUUAGUGAGCUUAGAAGACAACAAUGCAAUAUUCCUGUGAGCAAUUCCAGACAGGCAGAACACUGAGAAUUCUUUCUGCCUGACAACUUUAGUUAAUGGCUCUAAGUGCUAGUAUGUGCUGUUUCACAAUUGUAUGGACAUGUUUCCAAGGUGAAGUGUUUGUAAAUUCUUUCUGUACACUUCUAUUUCCCUGCUGCAAGCAUAAAACAAAAAUACAAACAUAAAGCAGGCCUAAUGAAGAGGUGCAAGCCAUUAGAAUGUCUUAGUUUGAGGAGAAAGAGAUUAGACUUCCUUUGUAACUGUUCUUAAAAUAUCUGCUUUGAGUGAGCUCGUUGGAAGUAUCUCUCAUGGUGAUAAUGGGUGUGGUUGGUGUAGCAAUUGGAGUGAAAACCCUUCAGAUUCUGAAAGUCAUCCUAAAAUUGGAGCUCACUUUAACCACCUGCAUGGUGUGAAUAGCAGCUGAACACCACGAUACAUGUCUUGUAUGUGCGGAGCAAGGCUCUGAAAUGCAGGUCAAGCAUUCAGAAGGGAACUGGAUUCCUCCCAAACAAAAUAGUUAUCAUCUUUGUCUUUUUGAUUAAGGAGGAAGGAAGCCCUUAAGCAAUCACUACUACAGAGAUUAUCUGAAUUCAAAUCCCAGCUUUGAUCAAUCAUUUGUUGUGAUUGACAGAAUCUUGGAGCAGAGGAAGAAACGUUUGUACCCUGACUUGUGCUCAACACUUAGAGGUCCUCCUUUAAGGAAGGAGGACUAACUGGACAAUAUGCCAAAUGUGUGAAAUAAGAGGAAAUGCUCCACAUUAAAAAAAAAAAAAAAAAAAAAAGAGAGAGAGAAAAAAAGAGCCAGAAAUGUAAAAUUAUCCACUCUUGUUUCCUCUUGUAGAGCUAAUUCCUUGAAAGCUAUGUUCAUUUAAAGUGACUGAACUUGAUUCACUGAACACUGGUAUCUCUGUAUCAGCCCCAAGAUUUCCGCUGUGCAGGAAAGGAUGGGUAAGGUACAAGACCUCUGUCUCCAACACACAACUCAAGUUUGCCCACAAAUACUUGUGAUGUAAGGGGGGCUCAGCACUUCUUACAAUUAAGAAGAAAAAUAAAAUUGUGACUAUAGUAGAAAUUAUCAGUUGCAUCAGUGACUUUAACAGUUAUGCAUGAGAGACAAAAUUCUAAAUGAAGCCUUCAGAUUUCCAAGAUUUCUGUAAGAUUUCUAAUCCCAAAUUUGGAAGAAGAGGCAGGUAGACAGCAAAUUUAUCACUAAGUUGUACUUGUUUAAAAUCACCAUUAAAAAGCACCAUCAAAUCGUACUAACAGUGUGAUAAUAAGUCAGGGAAGAUAGUAGGUCCUGCAAACAGGAUAUUAAGAAUGAAUUUCUGUAACCCUAAUGGCUGAGAACACUACCCCUGAGAUCCAGUUGACAUGACCCAUUGACCCAUUUCCUAGUCCUUGAAAAUAAUAGUCCGGUCUUCAAAAAUUACAUGUUUUAAGAGGCUUAUGAAAUUAAUCUUUAUUUCUUCAGAUGGAAAAAUUAUUAAAUUUGCCUUGUUCAUGCUCUUUUACUUUAAGCAGUAGUAGUAGUAUUUCUGUACAUCAUUUGGGGAGAUUUAAUAUCAAUAUCUUAAAGAUAUUUGGAUAUACAACUGUUGCCAUUAAACACAGAUACACAGACUCAUUUCUUAGAAAAGAAAACAAAAAUACGGAGCAAAACAAAUGGAUCAUAGCUAUGUUUACAACCCUGAAUUGCCUUCUAAGUAUGGAUAUGCAGGAGAAGCAGUAGAAAAAGCAUAAAGAAACUGUACCUCCUCAGAAUGAGGUGCAGCAAAAAACACUGUUACCUUCUCUACUUCAUCUAAAGUUUCUCAAAACUACCCUUUUCAACAGCACCAUUGCUCCAUACUGUCCUGUCCAUGUUUGUAUGACAUGUACCCCAGAAACCUUUACCUCCCUGCAUUUACCUCUGCCACUGAAGUGGUAGGGCAGUGCUCAUCCUGAGUGCUUGCACCAGUAGCUGCACAUGUCCUCUGCCUGGCCUCCUGGCCGCUACCUCUCACUUCCAGGUGGUCCCAGAUAGAUGGCUUAGGGGCUAUAGAUGGCCUCAGUGGCACAGGACAUGCUGCAGAGGAGAACAUGAUCUGUUUGGGAAAUUAAGCUUAAACCCUAUCAUUUGUAAACCUUUGUUUCACAUUAGCUGACUGUGAUGAGUAAUAAUUCCUGAAGUUCCUUUACUGUCUCCUACUAACACAUUAACAUCACAUCAAGGCCAUAGUAAUGGCCUGGUUCCAAAAAAUAGAAUACAACCAGACACUGCAAGAGGAUAUGUGAUUUCUGCUAACACAUCUACCUGACUAAAGAAGUAUAGUGACAUUGUUUCUUUUUCCUCUUCACAUAUUUCCAUGUGGUACAGCCUGUAUGAAUGGGUUGUCCUUGAGACAACUAUGCUGCUUAUCUAAGGAGGAAAGCCUGGUGUCAGGAGUUCAGGGCACUUGACAUAUCAUAAAAUUAGCCUUCAGCAAAGAGAGUUAUGAAAAGCCAUGUUUAAUGCUAGGGUUCUAUUUACAUGUUGGAAGAAAAUUUGUUUCCCUGCUGCAACUAAUUUGAAUUCACGCAUGCCAUUGUGUCGGGGGUUAAGAUGUGAAUAUGUUUGAAUCAACAGCUAACAACAAAAAAACCUGAUGCUUUAGAGGGAAACACUUUUGAAACUUUUGGAGUCUUACCAAGUACCUUUAGAAAAUAUGAGAGUGUGGCCUAAGGAGCCAAAAUACAGCUACAUACCUGACUGAGGAUGUAGCAAAAAUGCUCAUUGGACAGCCUGGUAGUCAACAGCCUGACAUGGAAUAAAAGUUAGAGUAACUCAGUACCAUAUCUUAUUCCUUGUGCCAUCCUUACUUUUAGCCCCGUUUGUUUUUCUGGCCAUCUGGUUUUGCCAAAGGCUAUUUAGAAUCCUUCAGGUCAUUAAUAGUGAGUGCCAGCUGAGACUCAGUAUCCCUGUUAGCUAAGGACUGUCUCUUUGGUGGUGGUGACAGACAAUCACCAAUCAGAUGGUGAUCAGAUCAUACAGUUUUUAAUUCAUGGGACAAAAAAUUGAUAUCACCUACCUUAAAAAAUACUUAUGUUCUAGUCUCAUGAAAUAUAAGGAUGAAAAUAAUAAAGGUAGACCUAGCAGACACUUAAUGUUGAGUGAGAGUAAGUCAGAAUAUUGAAAUCCUUUGAAUUCUGCAGUAGACAAAGUUUAUCAUGUGAUUCAUUAUGACAUCAGUGGGAGGAGUAUUUAAACUGUGGCAUUGAAAAGCUUUCCAAAUAGAAACAGACCUAAGUGGAGUACAUUAUUGUUGGCUGAAUUAUAGAUGCUAUUCUUUAUUUCUUUGAAAAUGAAAUUUUGUAAUUAAACAGAAAUCAAAUACACAGUCCUGCUGAUGCUGGUACCCUAAACAAAUUCUGACUUGGGUAAGUAUGUAUCUCCUCUCUUCUGACUUCAGCAGGCCUUCACAACCUUCUUGAAUUUGUGGACUGCUGCAGCAUAUUCAGCCUGUCCAUUCUGUCCUGGAGAUAAAUAACCCCCUUGUAGGGCAGAUGAAAUGAUCAGUAAUACAAGCUGGUUUGUCAGAAAGAAUGAACAGCUCACCUGGCUCAUUUUUCAUACUGCAAAAUCAGUAUCAGGAGCAUUGCUUUGUAUCUAGGUGUAUUUCAAAUGGAGACAUGACACAUUUCUCUUCAGCAGGAAAGUGAAAUUUAAGUGAAAACUUAAAAAACCCCUCUAAAUUUAGAAUAGCAAUCUGAAGAACCACAGCCUUGACUGCAGUUGCUUAACUCCCCUCUCCUUCCUCCCUGCUCCCCAUCCCUCAACAAAUUAAAAGAUAUUAAAAAAUAAUUGAGGAUUGGCCAACUUAUAAAGAGGUUAAAUGAAUGACAAAACAGUUUUCCACAAGAUAGGAAGUAUGAUAAUACUUAGUAUCUGCCAAUACAGUAAGUAUUCUGAUAUUGGAGGGAAUUGCUGCUUGCAGACUUAUAAAAGAUAAAGUUCAAUUGGAAAGGGGUAAUCACUGCUGCUUUACAUCUAGGAGUCGAAAGAAAGUAAAUGUUCUCCAAAAUCUAAAAUGGACAAAAUAUAUAUAUAGGCUUUUUUAGUCUGAAACAAAACCACAUGAAUAUCUAAUAUUCUGCCUCCUUUAAGCAUCAAAAAGGAAUUUUAGUGAUAUUUGUACCUCAUACUGUGUUUUUGCCCCCAAAGAGUAUUUGCAGUAUAAAUUUCUACUUGAUUUGGCUUUCAGUUAUAUGGAGGGCCAGGAGACACACAGGUGAGGAACUCUGGGCUGCUGCCUUCCCAUUUUCUGUGGAUGUAACACUUCUCUCCACAUGGCAAUAGAUCUUGGGUAUGAAGGACUUCCUCUGUGAAAUCUACACUACAAGCCAAAGCUAAAAGGAAAUUAAAGUAGGAUAAACCCAUGCCCCCUUUCCAAAAUUAAGCUGAACAUUCCUUUUUCUGUACUUCCAUAAAAGUAAUUCUGGCUGUUGGCAUCUAGGCAGGACUACAGAACUUCCAAAUAUUAUAUUGCAAUGGAUCAUGUUUAGUAAAGUGGUAAAUAAGAUUGCUCUUUAUUUUCAAUUCAGUUUAUAUAUUUGAGUGCUGCCUUUCCAUUUAUUUAAAAUUUUUUUUCUGCUUUUCUUUGUAUUUUUUCUUUGGGUUUUGUUAUAGCUUCCAAGACCUCCCUGAGUGAUAUGGGCAUUUUAAUCCUACUGAAGUCAUAAUAACUCUGUGUGAGCUUUAUUAUUGCAACAAGUUUUCAGUCUGGUUCCAAUUGUCAAAUGUAAAGAAAAAUUGUUUCCAAUAAAACACAUGAACUAAGGGAGUAGUUCACUGGAUUGUGGAUAGGUUUGGUAUAUACUGGAUUCAGCUGGCUGCUUUGUUACUGUUUACUUCAUAUUUUCAUUAUUGUGUGCAUAAAUGCAUUGCAGCCAGCAGCUUACAUGUGGAUUAAAUAAAUAAGGGAAAACACAAUAGCACCCUGAGAAGUUAGCAGACCUGGUCUCCAAGAAGGAGACACUAACAAUUUCCACCUACUGUACCUAGGUGGAGGAUGUUUUACUUGCCCUUUCCCGCCUACUGGAGGAUGCCAUCAUUGUUCCUAUUCUGCUGACUAUGAACAACAGCAGUCCCCUGCUUCUCCCGCAGCUCCAGAUAAUUGUUUUGAUGUAUUGCUGGAUGGACGGGAUUUGCACUGCCCUGCAGUCCUGCUGAUACAAAAAUGCCUUUAAGAUCCUGCCUUUCCCAUCCUAAUCUACAAAGGAAACAGGAAAAAGGAACUUAAACUCCCUGUACUCAGACAGCAAUGAGACUGUUCCAGCCUGCGCCAGUGCUCUGAUUUCUUGCCUGUGACUUGUAAACAGCGUACCAUGCAGGACAAGACUAACUGCUAAAGGCUACCCCGGGGAAAGGAUACUCCAUGAGCAGCUGUAAGAACUGGAUGGAUACACUUUGGAAAGCAUGGACCCUCUAGCACACCUAGUUCUCUGUGGAUUCAGCUUGUUGAUUUCAGGUAAAGUAGGAGCGGCACUGGACCUCAUACUGAUCAAUUCCUUCCCUCUGGUGGGCAACACUGAGACAUCACUUACAUGUGUCACUUCCAAAUGGCGUUCCCGUGAGUCUAUCACGAUAGGCCGGGACCAGGAGGAUGUAGCAAACCAGCACCGGGAGCCACUGGAAGUUAAUGAAGAUUCCAAGAGAGCAGCAGCCAAAACAGUGGUGUGGAAGAGGGAACAGGCCAGUGAAACUAUUGGAGCGUACUACUGUGAAGGGAAACUCAAGGAUGAGGUGACAAGGAUACACACCAUGAAGAUGCCACUGGGAGCUUCAUUCCACCCAGUGGCAUUAACUGUUACAGCAAAUAAGGGAGAGCAUGUGAACAUCUCCUUCAUCAGAAUGGCAUCAAAAGAGGAAGAUGCAGUGAUCUACAAGAAUGGCUCCUUCAUCCACUCUGUGCCCAGGCAUGAAGUGCCGGGAGAGCUGGAAGUCUCCUAUCCUCAAGUUCAACCACAGGAUGCGGGGGUUUACUCUGCCAGAUAUAUAGGAGGAAACCUUUUUACUUCUGCUUACACGAGGCUUAUUGUAAGACGAUGUGAAGCUGAGAAAUGGGGCCCUUCCUGUAGCUUCCACUGCCCUUCCUGCACAAACAAUGGCAUUUGUCAUGAAGAUACUGGGGAAUGCAUCUGUCCUCCAGGUUUUAUGGGAAAAACAUGUGAGAAAGCUUGUGGAGCCAACACUUUUGGCAAAACAUGUGAAGAGACCUGUAAAGAAAAUUAUGGCUGCAGAAACUUUAUGUUCUGUCUACCAGAUCCAUAUGGUUGUUCUUGUGCCACAGGAUGGAUGGGACUGGAAUGUGAUAAAGAAUGCAAACCUGGGUUUUAUGGGUCAGAUUGCAAACUCAAAUGUAAUUGCCACAAUCGAGGAACAUGCGACAGAUUUAAGGGCUGCAUCUGCUCCUUCGGAUGGCAUGGUCCACAAUGUGAAAAAAAAGGUUCAGCAGAUCUUUCGCCUCAGAUAGUGAACUUACUAGAUCCUGUGGAACUCAAUUCUGGCGUCGAGUUCAAACCGUUUUGUAUAGCAACAGGGAUGCCACUUCCAAAAUCUGAAGAAUUCAAACUCUUGAAGCAAGAUGGAACUGUUCUGAGGCCUGAUGAAAUUUCCACCAGUAAUCAUUCUGAAGCCAUGUUUAGAAUUAACCGAGUCCUGCCAGGUGAUACAGGAACUUGGGUUUGCAGUGUGCAGACAGUAGCAGGAAUGGCAGAGAAACCAUUUCAAGUUACAGUCAAAGUUCCUCCUGUGCCACAGUAUGCUCCGAGGCUGACAGACAGAGGACAUAAUUUUCUCAUUAUUGAUAUCAAUGCUGAGUUACACAAUGGAGAUGGACCUGUUGUGUCAACAAAACUUCUGUACAAGCCAGCAAAACGUUAUCAGUCCUGGAUGUCUGUGGAAGUAAAAGGCACAACUAAAAGACUGGACAAUUUGGAACCCAAAACAGAGUAUCAGUUCUGUGUUCAGCUAAGUCGGCAAGGGGAAGGUGGAGAAGGCCAUCCUGGACCGCAGGCCAGCUUCACAACAGCUGCACUUGGUCUUCCUCCACCAGAAGGUAUCACUCUCUUUCCAAAAAGUAUGACAUCACUGAAUUUAUCAUGGCAUCCCUUAACACUGAGGACAGAGGAUGAUAUUCGUGUUGAAGUGGAAAGGAAGAGCGUGAAUGACAACGGUGACGAGAGCAGUGUUAUUACUCAAGUGCCAGGAAAUAUGUCCACCUUGAUCAUUAAAGAUCUUGAGCCUAGACAGCAAUACAUGUGCAGGGUACGGGUGAACACCAGGUCCCAAGGAGAAUGGAGCAACUAUCUGUAUGCAUGGACUUUCAGUGACAGAAUACCUCCUGCACCGAACAACAUCAGGUUUUCUAACACCACAGACACGUCCUCAGUCAUCUCUUGGACAGCUGCUGAGGGUCAUUCCAUCUCCUCCAUCAUCAUCAGCUACAAAAUUUAUGGCAAGGCUGAGUACAACCACGUUGAUAUUAUCAUAAAGAACACCAGCAUUACUCAAUAUCAGCUCAAGGGCCUCGAGCCAGACACUGUGUACCAGGUUCAGAUUAAUGCUCAGAACAACAUUGGCUUGAGCAACCCGAACACAUCAUUUGAACUGAGGACUCUUCCAGAAACAAAAGCUCCAUAUGAAUCAAAAGGAGGCAAAAUGCUGCUUAUUGCUAUCCUUGGAUCUGCAGGGAUGACCUGUGUAACAAUUCUCCUCGCCUUUCUCAUCAUGCUGCAGCUAAAGCGAGCCAACUUCCAGCGUCGAAUGGCUCAGGCUUUCCAAAAUGUAGUGAGGGAAGAGCCAGCUCUGCAGUUUAACUCAGGUACUCUCACUCUGAGUAGGAAAGCCAAAAACAGUCCAGAUCCUACUAUUUAUCCAGUUCUUGAAUGGAAUGACAUAAAAUUUCAAGAUGUGAUCGGGGAAGGUAACUUUGGGCAAGUCCUGAAAGCACGCAUUAAGAAAGAUGGCUUACGCAUGGAUGCUGCAAUAAAAAGGAUGAAAGAGUAUGCCUCAAAAGAUGAUCACAGAGAUUUUGCUGGAGAACUUGAAGUUCUUUGUAAACUUGGUCAUCAUCCCAACAUCAUAAAUCUUUUGGGAGCAUGUGAGCAUAGGGGAUAUCUUUACCUUGCUAUUGAAUAUGCUCCCCAUGGAAAUUUACUGGACUUCCUUCGGAAAAGCAGAGUACUAGAGACAGACCCAGCAUUUGCUAUUGCCAACAGUACUGCAUCUACACUUUCCUCUCAGCAACUUCUGCAUUUUGCAGCAGAUGUUGCCAGAGGGAUGGACUACUUGAGCCAGAAACAGUUUAUUCAUCGAGAUUUGGCAGCAAGAAACAUCUUGGUUGGAGAAAAUUAUGUUGCAAAAAUAGCUGACUUUGGUUUAUCAAGAGGUCAGGAAGUUUACGUUAAGAAGACCAUGGGACGGCUUCCAGUGCGAUGGAUGGCAAUUGAAUCUUUGAAUUACAGUGUUUACACCACAAAUAGUGAUGUAUGGUCAUAUGGUGUCCUCUUAUGGGAAAUUGUUAGUUUAGGUGGAACACCAUAUUGUGGAAUGACAUGUGCAGAAUUGUACGAAAAACUCCCUCAAGGGUACCGACUGGAAAAACCUCUCAACUGUGAUGAUGAAGUGUAUGACCUAAUGAGGCAGUGCUGGAAAGAAAAACCAUAUGAAAGACCAUCAUUUGCUCAGAUCCUGGUGUCACUGAACAGGAUGUUAGAAGACAGGAAGACCUAUGUGAAUACUACGCUAUAUGAGAAAUUUACUUAUGCAGGCAUUGAUUGCUCCGCUGAAGAAGCUGCCUAAGAUAGAAAAAAAAUCUUCACUCAUCAUUGAUGCAUUACAGAAAACUAAAAUUCAAUCUGCUGGAGUCCAAAAUGUGAUGUGCUGUGUAGAACUGUGUAUAGCUCUAACUAUAUAUAAUACAGCAAUACUGUUUUACCACAGUUAUGCGUGUGUAUAUCACACAGUGAUAUACAUCUCUGCCUUCAUAGUCUGUAGAAGUGUAUAUAUUGUCCAAAACAGGUAUAGACUAAAGUAAUCUGUUGUUUCAUUCACAGGGUUUUCUUUUUUCGUAGAUAUAUGUAGAUAUAAUGUCUACAUGCAUAUUGUAAUGCAUUAGGUAUUGACAUCUUAGAGGGUUUUUUAUAUUUUCCAAGAGCUACUCAUAGCAAAAUGGUAACUUAUUGCAGUAUUCUAUAUACAUUUCAUUGUGUUUGAAACAAAAAUGCUGGGCAGUUGCAGUGCAACAGUGGAAGUUGUAAUCCACUGUGCUCAACAAGGAUAAUUAAGACAGACUCCUGUUUAAAUGUAAAAGUCAGCUAGUAGAAGUAAUCUAGUCAAAAGCUCUGUUGACACUCGUAAGAUAAAAGGCAUGCUAUUGUUCUUUCAUUGCCUAGCAUCACUAUUAGUUUUUGCCCAUAUGCAAAGUAUACAUAUAUUUUGAAGUGUUUAAUGUUAUCAGAGGCAGCCAUACAGCAAUAUUAAUGAAGCAUAGUGUUGAGGAGCAUACUACAUAUCGUAAAACACAUUUUUACAACUCGCCUGGAUAUACAUGAGACUUACUCAAUUUGUAUUUCGUUUAAUAAUUUCAAUGCAUAAUUAUAAAUUACUACCUGUUAUAUACAAGCAGGGCUUACUUACUUUUGUUUAUAUUACCCUUUCAUUCUGUCUGUAGUGUGGUAUGGCCUCUUACAAAAUAUCAUACUCAAAUGCUUCAAAACAGUGGUAUUUGUCCUGCCAGAAAGGUCCCAAUCCUUAGGCAAGAAAAAUAAUGGCAGGAUUGGUUUGAACUUCUGGUGUCAUGCCAAGAACAAGGGUUUUGGUGGAUUUACCCUAUCCAAAUUUGACAUAGUAGCCAACUUCAUGUUUUGCACAUUUGUCCCCCUCUUGCCCUUGAAUUACCAGCUCACAACUGUCCAUCAGACCAUAAUGAUGACCCAGUUGGGUGCAAGAUUUCUCCUUGUGAUUCUUUGUGGAUGGGUAUGUGAUUGGUUACAAGGUGGGGGUAUCACAGCAGAGUAUAGAGAAACAUUAAUGACAUGCCAGACUGACUCAAAUAGAAUAUUCCCUAUUAAAAGGGAAUAAGCCAACAAACAAGGGUGCUGAGAUGACUUGAGUGGCCUUGAGAUAGGCAGAACUUGCACUGUAAACCAGGUGCUAGAUGUAAACUAGGAGUUUAUUAUUGGGGAUUAAAAUAAGUUUACUUAUAGAAUAUUAAAGACUAUCUGUGUAGGUUUAAGUUUAAUUGUAACUUGCUUUCACCUUAGAAUGAGAGGGCCCUGCUCAAAACUUAACAUAGGCGAACUUUAAAUGAACUCAUCAUAAUGGCUAAGCAGGGGAGAAAACAGAGAAAGACUGGUUAUCUUCAGGUAAGGGCUGAGACCAUGGAGGGUCCCAAGACUGCCCCAAGCCAGAAUAUAAGAGCAGUUAAUGGCACACAAACGUCAUGGAGAAUCCAAUGAGGUGUCAGAAGACCCCAGACCAUAAAUCACCAUAGGACUAAGAGGCUCAUGCAGGGCACGUGACAAGUGCAUGAAGGUCGGGUGCACAGACUGUAAGGGUAUAAAGGCCCAGGGAUUUCUUUGGUCAGGGUCCCUCUCUGGUGGCACCCAGCUCAAACUGAAAUAAACCAACUCUGCCUUAGAA